AAUUAAAAAAAAAAAAAACCUAAACUCCUUCGUGUUUUCUCCCAACGCGAUCGAUCGCGAUCGCGAUCUCGAUCUCGAUCUCGAUCUCCGACGCGUUUUACUCCAUUUCAUCCAUUCUCUUCCCGUUUGAUUGAUCCGAAGCUUGGAACGCGCAAUUCGGGAUCGGAAUCGUUAGGGUUCCGCUAGGGCGACGAGGAAUCGGAGCUUUCCCUCCGCACGGGAUCGGAAAUGGCCGCGGAUCCGCCGCCGCCGCCGCAGCGGGAGGCGGUGCUCCGGCGGGAUGAGGCCGACGCCGAGCUCUUCGUCGAGGUCGAUCCCACCGGGCGCUACGGCCGAUAUCGCGAGGUGUUAGGGAAGGGUGCGUUCAAAACAGUCUAUAAAGCAUUUGAUGAGUUGGAAGGUAUAGAGGUUGCUUGGAAUCAGAUAAAGAUGGCGGAUGUGUUGCGGAAUGCGGAUGACUUGGAACGGCUCAAAUCGGAAGUCCACUUGCUCAAAACUCUAAAGCACAAAAAUAUAAUCAAGUUCUACAACUCGUGGGUCGAUACCAAGCAUGAUAACAUCAAUUUCAUCACUGAGGUCUUCACCUCCGGAACCUUGCGCCAGUAUCGUAACAAGCAUAAGCAUGUCGAUCUAAGAGCUUUAAAGAAAUGGUCGAGACAAAUAUUAAGCGGCCUUCUCUACCUCCACAGUCACGACCCACCGGUUAUUCAUAGAGAUUUGAAAUGUGACAACAUCUUCGUGAAUGGAAACCAGGGUGAGGUGAAGAUUGGCGACCUCGGGUUGGCGGCCAUUCUUUGCCAUGCCCAUUCGGCUCGUAGUGUCAUAGGAACACCUGAGUUUAUGGCCCCAGAGCUUUAUGAAGAAGAGUAUAAUGAGCUCGUCGACAUUUAUGCAUUUGGAAUGUGCCUACUGGAGCUGGUCACAUUUGAGUACCCUUAUUCGGAAUGUACAAAUGCAGCUCAAAUAUUCAAGAAGGUGACAACGGGUACAAAGCCUGCUUCAUUGGCUAAGGUCCAGAAUCCUGAAGUGAGAAUAUUUAUAGAGAAAUGCAUUGCCAAUGUUUCUGAGAGAUUGUCCGCAAGAGAGCUAUUAAUGGAUCCAUUUCUCCAAUUGGAUGUCGAGAAUGAACAAAUAGGCCAUUCUUUGCGGUCAAAUAUCAACCAUUCAGGAAAUGCAGAUAAUGCUGCGCACUCAAAUGCAAGCACCAGUUACACGUCCGACAAAGUAGAACCAACUACAGCAAGCCGAGAUUUCACUGUGGAAGGACAACGCAAAGAUAUGAAUACGAUAUUUUUAAAGCUGAGAAUCGCUGAUUCAACAGGUCAAAUCCGAAACAUCCACUUUCCAUUUGACAUCGAAGCCGAUACUUCAUUCAAUGUUGCCACUGAGAUGGUCUCAGAAUUAGACCUCACCGACCAAGAUGUCACAACCAUUGCCGCAAUGAUUGAUGCAGAAAUACAAGCCUACGUUCCGGAAUGGCUUCCGGGGGAAGCACUCGACGACAAUGGCAAUGAGGACGACAAUGGCAAUGAGGAAACAAUAUCUGAAAGCCACAACUCUGAAGCUGAUGACAUAGUUUCUGCUUUGCCCAAUGAGCCAGAAGCACUUCCCUCUAGUGGUGGGCUUGUCCUGGAACGGCUUCCUUCUGGUCGGAGGUACUGGUCCAACUCUCCCAGAGGGACUAGUGAAGGCUCUCCCUCAGCAAUCACCCAAUCAAAUGUAUCUUCUGAUUCAAACUCGCACACCAACGACGACUCCCCUUUUGUGGUAGAUUAUGAGAACCAAAUAGCACACAAAAAUGUGCAUUCUCCUGAAGAUAAUUUCGAAAUGACGUCCUCCGCCGGCUAUUUGGUCUUCCGAAAUCCAUCUUCCAGUGAUGCUGUUGAUAUCAGUGGUGAGGAUUUGUUAGAAAACGAGUCCAAAGAGGUGAGAUAUGUUGCAGAGAAACUGGUGUAUUUGCUCCUCGAACAGCAAAGGGAACUGAAUGAGUUAAGACAGAAACAUGAAAAGGCCAUACUUGAUAUAUUAAAGGAACUACCUCCCGAGCUUCACAAGAAGACUUUGAACCGGUGCCGCUUGAAACUUCAUCAUAAUAAGGUGUGAGUUAAAACUUCAUCAUAAGAAGCUCGGAAAUUCACAAUGGAUGUAUUGCAGUACCAUACAUCAAACUCUCCUGUGAAGAGUGUUCUGUGAGUAUCAGAACAGUCCACCGUUUCUAAGAGGGCGACUUUUACGGCGGUGGUUUCAACAUUUUCUAUAACUUCAUCGCAUUUUUGGGGAAAAUUUGAGGGGGGGUUAGUCGAAAACCUGCUAUAUCUCUGAAAUUCAAGUCAUUUAUGCUGCAGGAAAAGUAUAAAAGUUUUGAGGCAAGUCAAAAGUGUUGAUGGCUUACUGUUUUCGACUAGUGCGACAGGGUCGGAUUACCCUAACUAUGCUGCUGAGUGUUUUUUCUUGUCAGUAGCCUGUUAGUCAGCUUAAAUUUCUCAAGUUAAAUUCUAGCUUAUACAACCCAGGAUUCAAUGGGAUUAACAUAGUGUACAUUCCUCAAAUCUUGAGAUACUAAAGUAUGUUGCUUCAUGUAGUUUUCUUUUCAUGCAAAUGAUGAUGUCUUGUCACAUAUUACAUAUUAACAUUAUAUAUUCUUUAAUCUGUUCAUUAUUAAAAUCCCAUUGGAUGCUUC